AUGUCCGCCUUUGUGCGAAUCUCCGGCCCACCGAAUGGCAAUUUUCUAAUCGGCUAUCCGGGCAUCUCGGCAACGAUGCCCCGGAUCGAAGGCAAAGUUGAGAUCCGGCCCAGCGCCGGCAUCACCGCGCCCGUCAAUGUGUCCCUUGUCACCAUCUCCCUCAUGCGUAAAGAGACCAUUCACCCGCAAGCCGACUCCGUCACCAAAAAGCGUCUGGCCCCCCCACGGAAGGAGACUACCGAUAUCGUGGGCAAGGAGAUGCUGUUGUUUCGAUGCCCGGCGGGCCGUGAACACGAGGAGGUCAUUUCAAUGGAUUUGCCCUUCGUGCUGUUCAUCCCAUUCGGACGGGGUGGGCGCGAUGCCUCGCGGCGCGUACCGCCGGCCAGUCUACAACUCCCUAGUCGCACCGCCGAGACAACUUAUGAGAUGGUGGUCACCGUCCAGCAAGGACAAACGGAGCAAAAGAAAUAUUCCUUCCCGGUGCCUCUGGCGCGAUACGAUACCCUCUCGACCUUUGGCAUGUAUAACCGCCCAGAGUCGGCGGAGCGUGUAUCAGACCAUUUGGUGACAUUGGCCAUCUCCCUGCCGCGAUGGUCCUAUGGCCCACUCGACCCCGUCAGCGUCUAUGUGAAAUUGUCACCGAACCAGGACUGGAUGGGCAAAGCGCGAAAAGUGACCAUCAACAAGAUCACCAUCGGCAUUGACGAGGAGAUCAUAUACAACCAUGAAGGCGACGAGCCACAACGCAAGGUCAAGACGUUGACCAAGAAAACCGAGAGUAUCGGGAUCCGACUGCCCCAUUCUGGAUAUUUGACAAAUCUGGGCCUGGUGUUCCCCGCCAAGGAUCCCCGAGAUUCAGACGGGAUCUUGCCUCGGAGCAAACCCCAGUUCCCAAUGUAUGCGGUCAGCGGGUUCACCACCACUGCCAGUCUCUACAAGAUCGAGUACUACCUCACAGUGCGGGCCCAUUUGACCUCCGCACGAGACAUUACCAUUCGCCAACCGAUCGUGGUCUGCCCGCUCGACCACGCCGGAUGCAAAGACGAGAUGGAGGCCAUCGAACAAGCCGCCCGAGAUGCUGCCCACGUCAACCCAGACAACCCAAUGCUGCCCCUCCCCUCGAUCGUGCGCCCCUCCGAUCCCAAUGCCCUGAGUCACCUCGGGUGUGCCAUCGUCGGCAACCAGAAGAAACCGUUGAUCGACUGA